UUAAAAGCAGUCGAAAACUUCCGGCAAAAACAAACCAGCAUGUUACAGAAUUUUAUUAAAUAUUUUGUAUUGCAUUUUAAUCAGAUUUACUGUUAGGAAUUAUAUCAGUGUUUUAUAUCAUGAAGUUUGCAUAUAAGUUCUCCAACUUGCUAGGGAGUGUAUACAGAAAAGGCAAUGUACUUUUUACACCAGAUGGCAGCAGUGUGCUUAGCCCAGUUGGUAACAGAGUAACUGUUUUUGAUUUGAAAAAUAACAAAUCAGAGACGUUACCAAUAGAGGCUCCUAUGAACAUUACCUGUAUAGCAUUAUCACCAGAUGGCUACACUUUUAUAGCUGUAAAUGAAGAUGGUGAAGCUCUGUUGUGCAGUUUAAUCAGUAAGACAAUUCUACACAGAUACCAUUUCCACAGAAAAGUACAUUCUAUCAAGUUUAGUCCAGAUGGGAGUAAAUUUGCAGUUACUCGUGAGAAUAAGGUUGUUGUUUUUCAUGCACCAGGAAAGACAAGAGAAUAUAACCCAUUUGUCCUGUACAAGACUUUCUUUGGACCCUAUGAUGAAACAACUUGCCUUGACUGGACAGACGACUCAAGAGUUUUCUGUGUGGGGUCAAAAGACAUGAACACAAGAGUGUAUGGGGCGCAACAUUUUACAAAUCUGAUUGUCUAUUCUAUCGGAGGUCAUAAUGACGAAAUAGUUGGAGCUUACUUUGAGAAAGAUUCUCUCGAUUUAUAUACGAUAAGUGCUAAUGGUAGAUUGAACAUAUGGGAAUGUGAUACUGACUUAUCUGGACUGAAACCUUACGAGGCACCAAAAGGAAACCUGCCUAAAAUUGAGGUCAACUCAGAUGAUGAAGAUGAGGGGCCAUAUGGGGAACCUAAAAAUAUAAGUAAAGAAGUAAAGUUGAGUAAAGAGGAAGAAAUGAAGCAAGUUGAUAAAGUGAUUUAUAAGAAAACCGCCAGGCAUUCCUACAAAGAGGCACGAGGGGACAAGGCAUCUCGAGGAACUGUUACCAGCUCAGCUUAUCAUAAAUCAACACAUAUACUGGUGACCGGUUUUGAUGAUGGUGUCUUCUUCCUUCAUGAAAUGCCAGAUUUUAACCUCAUACAUUCACUUAGCAUUUCAGACAAGACUAUCGCAACAGUAGAUUUCAGCAAGACAGGUGACUGGAUAGCAUUUGGAUGUUCAGGACUCGGUCAACUUCUCGUGUGGGAAUGGCAGAGUGAGACAUACGUGUUGAAGCAGCAAGGGCAUUAUAAUAACAUGAAUUGUGUUGUGUACUCACCAGACGGACAGAACCUGGCUACAGGAGGGGAUGAUGGGAAGGUGAAGGUAUGGAAUACUAGUAGUGGGUUCUGUUUCGUGACAUUUACGGAACAUCUUGGAGGUAUAACAGGCGUGGUGUUCAAUCAGAACGGACAGGUGGUGCUAUCCUCAUCACUAGAUGGCACUGUGCGGGCAUUUGAUCUGAACAGGUACCGAAAUUUCCGCACAUUCACGUCGCCCCGCCCAGCACAAUUUUCAUGUCUUACAAUAGACCCUAGUGGAGAUCUAGUGUGUGCCGGGGCUCAGGACACAUUUGAAAUAUUUGUAUGGUCAAUGCAGACUGGACGGCUUCUGGAGGUCUUAGCUGGUCAUGAAGGGCCGGUAAGCAGUCUCAGUUUUAGCCCAACAGAAACAUUGCUGGCGUCCGGCUCUUGGGAUAAGUCAGUCAAGUUAUGGGAUAUAUUUGAUAACAAAGGUGCAAAAGAGACAUUGGAGGUUUCCUCAGACGUAUUAGCAGUGGCAUUCCGUCCCGAUGGAGGAGAGCUUGCUGUAUCUACAUUGAAUGCCCAGAUCACCUUCUGGGAGCCCCAUCAGGCUAAACAGGUAGGGUCCAUUGAGGGGAGACAUGAUAUAGGAUACUCAAGAAAGGAACAAGAAAAGAUAACUGCUAAAAAAUCGGCAUUUGGAAAGGCAUUUAAUACUAUAUGUUACUCUGCUGAUGGGAAAUGUAUAUUAGCUGCUGGUAGGUCAAAGAAUGUUUGUAUAUACUCAGUAGAGGACCAAUUGAUCAUCAAGAAAUUUGAAAUCACCUGCAACAUGUCAUUUGAUGGAAUGGAGGAGUUUUUGGACAAAAGAAAGAUGACAGAGUUUGGUAGUCUCUCCCUGGUGGAUUCUGAAGAGGGCAAAGAUUUAAGUUUACCAGGUGUGAAGAAGGGUGACAUGUCGUCAAGACACUGGAAACCAGAAGUUCGGGUCUCUUCUGUCAGAUUCUCUCCAACAGGAAGGGCCUGGGCUGCAACAACUACUGAAGGACUUCUCAUAUACUCAUUAGACAGUAACCUUGUGUUUGAUCCAUUCGACCUUGACAUUGAUAUUACUCCCUCCAAUGUGAAGAAGACACUGGCAAAGGGAGAGCACUCUACUGCACUGAUGCUGAGUUUUCGUUUGAAUGAGCACAGUCUGAUACAGGAAGUGCUGGAAAAUAUACCAGUCUCUGAUGUUGAAGUGAUUGUGGAUAAUCUACCAGACGUUUAUGUCGAUAAGUUGAUGUCGUUUGUGGCGGGUAUGAUAGAAUCGACAGCACACAUAGAAUUCUACCUGAUAUGGGCUAGUAGGCUUCUCAUGCAGCAUGGACCGAGGUUAAAGCAAAGGUCACAACAAGUCAUGGCCACGCUGAGGUCAAUGCAGAAAAAUGUUACACGUAAAUCUGAGGAGUUGGGGAAAAUAUGUGAUCACAAUAAAUAUAUAGUAUCCAGUAUAUAAUUGCAUUGUCCAAGGCCAAGAGAAAAUUUUGUGGAGGCAUCAGAUAGUGUUGAAGCAGGGAAUGGAGGAGUGGAAC